AUGCUUCAUAAAAUCGGCGUACUUGCUGUACAUUUACAUCAAUUAAUAAUUAAUAAAACAUUUUAUUUAAUAUCAAAUAAUAAUACUAGACAAGAUAAAAAAAUCGAUUCAUUUCGUAUAUGUAUCAGCGCUUAUGGUUUAAGUCGAUAUUCAAAAACUGUACGUAUGUAUCGAACAGAAAAGCAAGAGAAUAUUGCACGAUUCGAUCAAACAAUGCAAAUGAUGAUUCGUAUUUAUGACAGUCGUCAUGAUCAGCGCCAUCUAAUUCAUAUUAUUCUCUAUGGUUAUUUAAUUGAAGAAAAACGUUAUGCUUUAAUUGCUGAUCAAGUUGUUGAUAGUAUUCAGCUUGUUUCAGUUCGACAUGUGAGUGAAGCAGUUAUAUUUGAAAGUUCUAUUGAUAUUUUUGGCAAAGCAAUAUUAUUGAUUGAAUUAGUUUUUGUUUAUGGUAGACACGGCUAUAAUUUUAGUUCACAACUUAUUUUUGAAAAUGAUUUUCAUAUUCCACGUAUUGUUAAAAAUCAAACAUUAUUCGAACGUAUUCUUCCGCGUCAUGAAGAUAAUAGAACUGAUGAAAAUUUUUAUGAUCCACCAGAAAUUGAUUUACCAAUUUUUUUAAAAUUAUCAUAUGAUGAAUUGAAUGAAUAUGUAGCUGAUAAGACAAAUCAUCAUCAUCAUCAUCAUUGUUGUAGAGAUUCAAUCAAGAAUGCGCGAGUUGUUAAAGCAUUAUCAACAAGUCCAAAAUAUUCAUCUAUGGCAGCAAUUAUUGAAAUGUAUCCAUCAAGACAGCAACGUUUGGAAAUAUUUUUUGAUUUUUUAACAGAAGGUCCCUAUUUACCCGAACAAAAUAUGAUUGAACCAACAGUAUCACGCUUAAUUCCAUGGAGUAUAGCAUAUUGGAAACGAGCAUUAUCAGGUGUACCUUUACAUGGAAGCGCUUUGGAUAUGAAUGAUUCUCAAAAUAUUGAGACUGACAUAAAACAUCUUCAAAAUACUUCACCUGUUCUUCGUCAAAUCAUCGAACGAGAAGAAUGUUAUGAACCGUUGCUUAGUAGCACAAUCAAGUAA